CUUUAAUUUUCUUUGUCCGAAACUUUAACGGCUAGUUUUAAAAUCUCUCUAGCUCUAUAAAAGCUACACAAAGAUCCUUCCUCACCCAUUCAAACACACACACACACACAGUACAUUUGAGGUGUUAUAUUCAGUACAAAAGUAGUUUAAUUUUGUUACCAAUGGCUUCUUCUUCUCUUCCAAUCACCAUCUUCCUCUGCAUCUCUUUCUUCUUCUACUUGUCCUCUGUUGAUGCGAACGAGGUUACCGUCGGCGGACAUUCCGGUGAUUGGAAGAUCCCUCCUUCCUCCUCUUACUCUUUCAACGAGUGGGCUCAAAAAGCUCGCUUCAAAGUCGGCGACUUUCUAGUUUUCAGGUACGAAGCCGGUAAAGACUCGGUACUGCAAGUGACAAGAGAGGCUUACGAGAAAUGUAACACCACGAGCCCGAAAGCCAGCUACACGGACGGGAACACCAAGGUGAAGCUAGAAAAAGCCGGUCCGGUCUACUUCAUCAGUGGAACAGAGGGUCACUGUCAAAAGGGUCAGAAGCUACGCCUAGUCGUCAUCACUCCUCGUAGCUCUGCUUUCUCCCCUGCUCCUUCGCCAUCCGACGGUCCCGCCGUAGCUCCUACUAGUGGUGCUGCUAAGCUCUCCGGCGUAUUCGGCGUCGUUGGCCUUGUUCUUGGAUUCUGGGCCUUCUUCUGAGCGAAGCUUUUUAUUAUUAUUUUUUAAACUUCAUCCUGAAUUCUAUUCUAUUUAUUAAUUUUCAAACAUGAAGCAGAAAUCUUUCUUCUCUCGUUGUUACUAAUUUAGUUUCAUGAGAUUAAGUAGUUUUAUUUAUUUAAUCGAAAUACUCCUUGCACUUAUUUAUGGACAAAUUGCUGGAUCUA